AUGCGAGCCAAGCCCGAAAACGAGAGCUCAUGGAGAUACCUGCUGGGGCUCUACAAAAAUGAUCCUAAAUCCAUAGCCAAUGAUCCUCAUGUAGAAUCGAUAUGUGUGGAUGUUUUGAAGGGCAAAAGAGAUUAUGUUCACGCAUUGAAGGUGGUUUUGGAUCUCCUCGGCUGCCACGACUACAAACCAAGUAGUGAAUUGAAGAACGCUAUUGAUGAAGUGUUGUCUGACCAGAACCUGAACACGGGUUUGGAUUUUGUAGAAAAAGUGUGUUCAGUUUUGCAAUUGGCUGAUCCGAUGAGAGCAAACUAUUGGGAGUGGCGCAGGAGCAUUAUUCUUGUUCAGCCUUAA